AUGUUCUUCAUUUCCUUCAUUUUGAACACUUACACGAAUAUCAUUGAUGGCGCAAUCUAUAGUGGAGGUGGUGGUGAAAUAGAUGGAGGUGAAGGUGGUAGUGGGAAUGAAGGUGGAGUUGGUGGUUGUAGUAGUGGUGGUGGUGGUGAUGGCAGUGUGGUGGUGGCAAUGGUGGUGGAUGUGGAGGUGGUGGUGGAGGUGGUGGCCGUGGCGGAGGAUGUGGUAGUGGAGGCGGUGAAUGUAGUGGUGGAGUUGGAUGUGGAAGUGAAGGUGCCAUUUUUUAAAAUGAAUGAUGGUAUUUUGGGAAUUAAAAAAAAUUCAUUAAAGGUUCAUCUUUGCUUCUUUUGA